UUUGGAAAUCGAGGCGGUUCUGCACGAGCAGCUCCACCCCCAGGUGUCGCUGGGAAGUUUAAAUAGUGUGCACAGGAGGAAGGACUUCAACCUCAUCAUCCUCCUCAUCCUCAUCACUUCAGGCACCUGACAUGAUAGUCUCACAUCCCUGGAGUUGAGCCUUCAUCCUGCACUGAGGGCUGACGCGCUGCACAGCCAGAGGAAGACCAGAGGUCAGAGGUCAACCCAACUCCCAUCAGUCCCCCAGACGCAGACCCAAUCCCAAUCCCCGCUGACGGCCACAACGACAGCUCCAUCACCCCUGAGGUACCAGAGGUCGACUCAGACGCUGACAGCGCUCCUCAGGUCGAUUCAACCGCCGCUGACGGUGAUACCUCAAACAUGGCUGAGGAAGACAAGUACCUCUUCCUGGAGAAGGAUUUCCGUAACAGCGGGGUGGCGCAGGCAGACUGGUCGGCCAAGAAGAUGGUGUGGAUACCAUCGGAGAAGGAGGGAUUCGAGGCUGCCAGCAUUAAGGAGGAGAAGGGGGAUGAGGUGCUGGUGGAGCUCUCCAACGGUCAAAAGAAGACUGUGAACAAAGACGACAUCCAGAAGAUGAACCCGCCCAAGUUCAGCAAGGUGGAGGACAUGGCUGCCCUCACCUUCCUCAAUGAGGCCUCCGUCCUGCACAACCUGAAAGACAGAUACUUCUCCAGCCUGAUCUAUACGUACUCGGGUCUGUUCUGCGUGGUGGUGAACCCCUACAAGAUGCUGCCCAUCUACUCAGAAAAGAUCAUCGAGAUGUACAAGGGGAAGAAACGUCACGAGGUGCCGCCUCACAUUUACUCCAUCACAGACAACGCCUACAGGAACAUGAUGCAAGAUCGUGAGGAUCAGUCUAUCCUCUGCACAGGUGAGUCUGGAGCAGGGAAGACAGAAAACACCAAGAAGGUGAUUCAGUACCUGGCUGUCGUCGCCUCCUCACACAAGGGCAAGAAGGACGCUAAUGCAGCGCAGCCAACUCCGCAGCAACAACAGCAGCAGCAACUGGCUUAUGGGGAGCUAGAGAAACAGCUGCUGCAGGCUAACCCCAUCCUGGAGGCCUUCGGGAACGCAAAGACCAUCAAGAACGACAACUCCUCUCGAUUUGGAAAGUUCAUCAAGCUCAAUUUUGAUGUGACUGGUUUCAUUGUCGGGGCUAAUAUUGACACCUACCUGCUGGAGAAGUCUCGCUGUAUUCGCCAGGCCUGCACUGAGAGAGCCUUUCACAUCUUUUAUUACAUGGUGGCAGGAGCCCAAGACAAGUUGAGGGAGGAACUCCUGCUGGAGGACUUCAGCGCCUACCGUUUCCUGGUGGCCGGUCACGUGGAGCUCCCCGGUCAGGAGGACGAAGAGCUGUUUGUUGAGACCCUGGAGGCCAUGGCGAUCAUGGGCUUCACCGAGGAGGAGAGAGUUGGGAUGUUAAAGGUGGUGUCCACUGUGCUCCAGCUCGGCAACGUCAAGAUGGAGAAGGAGAGAAACAGCGAGCAGGCGACCAUGCCCGACAACACGGCCGCCCAGAAGGUGUGUCACCUGCAGGGCAUCAACGUCGUGGACUUCACCCGAGCCAUCCUCACUCCUCGCAUCAAAGUGGGCCGGGAGGUGGUGCAGAAGGCGCAGACGAAGCAGCAGGCUGAUUUUGCGAUCGAAGCUCUGGCUAAGGCGAUGUACGAGCGCCUGUUCCGUUGGAUCCUGGCCAGAGUGAACAAGACGCUGGACAAGAGCAAGAGGCAGUCGUCCUCUUUCCUCGGCAUCUUGGACAUCGCCGGCUUUGAGAUUUUCGAGGAUAACUCCUUCGAGCAGCUCUGCAUCAACUACACCAACGAGCGCCUGCAGCAGCUCUUCAACCACACCAUGUUCAUCCUGGAGCAGGAGGAGUACAAGAGGGAGGGCAUCCAGUGGAGCUUCAUCGACUUCGGCCUCGACCUGCAGCCCUGCAUUGAGCUCAUCGAGAGGCCGAACAACCCUCCUGGUAUCCUGGCCCUGCUGGACGAGGAGUGCUGGUUCCCCAAAGCCACUGAUGUUUCCUUCGUGGACAAGCUCCUGAACACGCACACUGGUCACGUCAAAUUCUCCAAACCCAAACAACACAAAGACAAACUCAUGUUCAGCGUUCUGCACUACGCCGGGAAGGUGGACUAUAACGCAGCUAACUGGCUGACUAAAAACAUGGAUCCUCUGAACGACAACGUGACCGCUCUGCUCAACAACUCCUCCAGCAACUUCAUCCAGGACCUGUGGAAGGACGCUGACCGAGUGGUCGGUCUGGAGACGAUGACAAAGAUGUCCGAAAGCUCACCAGCCACCAAAUCAAAGAAGGGCAUGUUCCGCACGGUGGGCCAGCUGUACAAAGAGUCUCUGGGCAAACUGAUGACCACGCUGCACAACACGCAGCCCAACUUCGUCCGCUGCAUCAUCCCCAACCACGAGAAGAGGUCAGGGAAGAUGGACGCCAACCUGGUUCUGGAGCAGCUCCGGUGUAACGGAGUGCUGGAGGGGAUCAGGAUCUGCAGACAGGGAUUCCCCAACCGUAUCGUGUUCCAGGAGUUUAGGCAGAGAUAUGAGAUUCUGGCUGCGAAUGCCAUCCCUAAGGGCUUCAUGGAUGGAAAGCAGGCGUGCUCUCUGAUGGUGAAGCACCUGGAUCUGGACACCAACCUGUAUCGUAUCGGUCAGAGUAAGAUGUUCUUCAGGACCGGAGUCCUGGCUCAGCUGGAGGAGGAACGAGACAUCAAACUCACCGUCGUCAUCAUCGCCUUCCAGGCCCAAGCUCGAGGUUUCCUGGCCCGAAAAGCUUUCAGUAAACGUCAGGCGCAGCUCACCGCCAUGAAGGUCAUCCAGAGGAACGCUGCUUGCUACCUUAAACUCAAGAACUGGCAGUGGUGGAGGCUCUUCACCAAGGUGAAGCCCCUGCUGCAGGUAACAAGACAAGAAGAGGAGAUGGGUCAGAAAGACGAGGAGCUGAAGGCAGCUAAGGACGUGGCGGCCAAGAGCGAAGCGGCGCUGAAAGAAAUCUCCCAGAAACACACCCAGCUGGCAGAGGAGCGUGCCCAGCUGGAGACGAAGCUUCAGGCGGAGACGGAGCUGUACGCGGAGGCCGAGGAGAUGAGGGUGAGACUGGAGGCAAAGAAGCAGGAGCUGGAAGAGGUGCUGCAUGAGAUGGAGAGCCGUCUGGAGGAGGAGGAGGAGCGCGGCACCUUGCUGCAGCAGGAGAGGAAGGACCUGGAGCAGCAGCUGCAGAUGAUGGAGUCUCACAUCGCAGAGGAAGAGGACGCCAAGCAGAAGCUGACGCUGGAGAAGGUGGCCGUGGAGGGGAAAGUCAAGAAACUGGAGGACGACGUUCUGCUGAUGGAGGAUCAGAAUAACAAACUGCUUAAGGAGCGUCAGCUGCUGGAGGAGAGGAUGGCUGAUUUGGGAUCUAACCUGACAGAGGAGGAGGAGAAGUCCAAGAAUCUGACCAAACUUAAAGCAAAACACGAGUCCAUGAUCUCUGAUCUAGAGGUGCGUAUGAAGAAGGAGGAGAAGGGCCGUCAGGAUGUGGAGAAGGCCAAGAGGAAGGUGGAGGCAGAGCUGACCGACCUCCAGGACCAGCACGGGGACCUCCAGGCCCAACUAGCUGAUCUCCAGACCAAGCUGGCCGUCAAGGAGGACGAGCUCCAGUCCACACAGGGCCGUCUGGAUGAGGAGACUAAUCAGCGUGGAGCGGCGGUGAAGAAGGUUCGAGAGAUGGAGGUUGUGAUCUCAGAGCUGCAGGAGGACUUGGAGGCGGAGAGAGGAGCCAGAGCGAAGGUGGAGGCAGCUCGUCGGGACCUCGGAGAGGAGCUGAACGCUUUGCGCACUGAGCUGGAGGACAGCCUGGACACCACGGCCGCCCAGCAGGAGCUACGGGCAAAGCGUGAGCAGGAGGUGGCCAUGCUAAAGAAAGCCAUGGAAGAUGAGGGGCGGGGCCACGAGGCCCAGGUCCAGGACCUGAGACAGAAACACAGCCAGGCCGUGGAGGAGCUGAAUGAGCAGCUGGAGCAGGGCAAGAGGGUGAGAGCUGGUCUAGAGAAGGCCAAGCAGGCUCUGGAGAAGGAGAAUUCAGACCUGAGCGGCGACCUGAGAUCUAUGGCCAGCGCCAAACAGGACGUGGAGCACAAGAAGAAGAAGGUGGAGGGUCAGCUGAACGAGCUGCACACUCGCUUCCAAGAGAGCGAGAGGCAGAAGACCGAGCUGGGGGAGAAAGUCUCCAAGAUGACGAUGGAGCUGGACAGCAUGUCGAGCGUGUUGAACGAGGCCGAGGGAAAGAACAUCAAGCUGAGUAAAGACGUCUCCACUCUGUCCUCACAGCUCCAAGAUUCACAGGAGCUGCUGGCAGAAGAGACCCGGCAGAAGUUGAAUCUGUCCGGACGUCUGCGUCAGAUGGAGGAGGACAGGAACGGCCUGAUGGAGCAGCUCGAGGAGGAGACAGAGUCCAAGCGGGGGGUGGAGAGGCAGGUCUCCACCCUCAACAUGCAGGUGUCCGACUACAAGAAGAAGCUGGAUGAGAUGUCGGGCUCAGUGGAGAUGUUGGAGGAGGGGAAGAAGCGUCUGCAGAGGGAUCUGGAGGCAGCAAACAACGACUACGAGGAGAAGGCGUCGGCCUACGACAAGCUGGAUAAGAGCCGGAGUCGGAUGCAGCAGGAGCUGGAGGACGUCCUCAUGGACCUGGACGGACAGAGACAGCUUGUGUCCAACCUGGAGAAGAAGCAGAAGAAGUUUGACCAGAUGUUGGCAGAGGAGCGUGCAGUGUCCAGCAAAUUUGCAGAGGAGCGAGAUCGAGCGGAGGCAGACGCCAGGGAGAAGGAGACCCGGGUGUUAGCUUUGGCCAGAGCUCUAGAGGAGCACCAGGAUGCUCUGGAGGAGUCUGAGAAGAUGAUGAAGAGCCUCAAAGCUGAGAUGGAGGACCUCGUCAGCUCCAAGGACGACGUGGGAAAGAGUGUUCACGAUCUGGAGAAGGCCAAGAGGGGCCUGGAGGCCAUGGUGGAGGAGAUGAGGACACAGAUGGAGGAGCUGGAGGACGAGCUGCAGGUGGCUGAGGACGCCAAGCUGCGUCUGGAGGUGAACACUCAGGCGCUGAGAGCUCAGCACGAGAGGGAGCUGCACGCUCGGGACGAGAUGGGCGAGGAGAAGAGGAAGCAGCUGCUGAAACAGGUGCGUGAGCUGGAGUCUGAGCUGGAGGAGGAGAAGAAGCAGCGAGGUCAGGCCUCAGGCAGCAAGAAGAAGCUGGAGGGGGAGCUGACGGACAUGGAGGACCAGCUGGAGGCCACCAACAGGGGGCGUGAGGAGGCCAUCAAGCAGCUGCGCAAGAUCCAGGGCCAAGUGAAGGAUCUGCAGAGGGACCUGGAGGACUCACGUGCAGCUCAUAAGGAGGUCCAGACCUCAGCCAGGGAGGCUGAGCGCAGAUCCAAAGCAAUGGAGGCGGAUAUCGUCCAGCUGCACGAGAUGUUGGCAGCAGCUGAGAGAGCUCGUAAGCAGGCAGAGACUGAGAGAGACGAGAUGUCUGAAGAGCUGGCCAACAACGCCUCCGGAAAAUCUAUAUCCUCUGAUGAAAAGCGCCGUCUUGAUGCAAAGAUCAGCCAGCUGGAGGAGGAGCUGGAGGAGGAGCAGACCAACGUGGAGAGCCUGAAUGACCGACUGAGGAAGAGUCAGCAGCUGGUGGAGCAGAUGGGCGCAGAGCUCACAGCGGAGAGAUCGGCCUCCCAGACUAAGGAGGGAUCCCGGCAGCAGCUGGAGAGACAGAACCGAGACCUGAAGGCCAAACUGCAGGAGAUCGAGGGUCAGGGCCGCUCCAAACUCAAAUCCUCCAUCGCCGCCCUCGAGGCCAAGCUGAGAGAGGUGGAGGAGCAGCUGGAGAUCGAGAGCAGAGAGCGCCAGGUCACCGGGAAGAACCUGCGUCAGAAGGAGAAGAAGCUGAAGGAUAUCAGCAUCCAGGUGGAGGAUGAGAGGAAACAGGCUCAGCAGUACAAAGACCAGGCGGAGAAAGGAAACAUCAGGGUGAAGCAGCUGAAGCAUCAGCUGGAGGAGGCGGAGGAGGAGGCUCAGCGCAUGGCGGCCGCUCGGAGGAAACUGCAGAGGGAGCUGGAGGAGGCGAGCGAGGCCAAUGAUGGGAUGAGCAGAGAGAUAACUUCACUCAGGAGCAAACUGAGGCGUGGCAGCAGCGGUGGGGAGGCGUCGUUCAGCAGCCCCAGCCCUCGGAGCAGCGGCGGCGGCGGGAUGAGGAGCCUGGGGCUGGGAGGGAGCAUCAGCAGGAGGAGCACCAUCAAGGAGAACUCAGUGGAGCUGCAGGAGGAGGAGCCACCAAGGAGCCCGUCUCCUCGCGCCUGCAGCCCCCCACUGGAGAACCGCAUGGAGGAGUACCCCCCAGACGAGUAGAGAGAUUACAGAUCAGGUUUCAGCUGCAAAAAAUGGGGGCGGAGUCUUUUUAUAGAAAUACUUUAACACCAUUAAUUUAAAUUUUAAGAUUAUGAUGAACUAAAAGACUAAUACUGAGUGAAUAUAUGAAGAAAUCAAGGCUAAAAAGAGAGAAAAAUACAAAAUAAAAUGAAAAGAUGCCUAAACUUUUAUUCUUUUAUAGUUACAAAAUUCUACUUUAUCCC